CUAACCUCUCUCUCCUUUUUCUUCUCUCUCUCAUCCCUCUCCCAUGUCUCGUUCUCUCAUUAAACCCUCUCCACUUGAGCAUAAACAGCGAUUUUAGCAUGCAGGAAGUUAGACAAUGGAAAAUGAUUAGCUACCAGUUUGCUCCUCAGUUAGCUUUAGGACUUCCAGGAUGGUUGCCUAACUCUGCCCCCUUCUCUUUUAGACACAUAACAACACAGAAAAACAAUUAUAUAGCCACACACAGUGCAUUCUUACAUAAAUCGUAAGUUGACAAGAUGAAUUUCCCUUCAGGGGAUACUGGGAUGGUGCUUAAUUUUCUCAUCCUUAUGCAAAUUGCAACCGAGAUUUCUUGUCAAACAGAUUUCAGUGAUUCAAAUUAGCUCAAUUAGUAAAGGAAGACCCUGUGUGGUUAGGAAUAAAAUGUCCUCCACAGGCUCCUGUUCUCAUCCCUCCCCUCUGAGUCCUUCCCACUUCAUGCCUUUCCCCUCCCAACUUCAUGUGCACUCUUAAAUUUUUUUUUUUAAUACCCACUGAAUGUAUUUAGUGCUGCCUGUGUGUGCAUGGGUGUCCAGGGACUGACUACUGGAGCAGGGACCUAAUCAUCGAAGAAAACUAGCUCUAGCUCUCCAGAAGCCAUUGAUCAAACCCCUGAGAGAGGAAUGGAACUUCAUGUGCUCCCCACCCCAUUUAUGCUGUGAAUUUGGCUUGCUUAGUCCUGUGCAAGUCUCAUUCACGACGUCCCGCUUGCUGAGUUCAUGUCUCAACUGAGGUGUCAUGGCUUGGAAACACGAUUUUGCUACAGACGUCUGCUUCCUGUCUUCCAUGAUGAUUUCUGAUCAAGGUCUGGAAAGUGUCCAAGAACUCUGGAAAUAGACUGUAGUGUGAGAGAGUCUGUGUGUGUGUGUGUGUGUGUGUGUGUGUGUGUGUGUGUGUGUCCAUGCGAUCCCACUGAUCAACAGCUUGAGAAAAGUUAACUCGUACUAUUGGGCUUUUUAUUUGAUAGCAUGUGGUGUCUGGGAGAGCCAUUGUACCCAGAAUUAUCAGGUAACUUCAUUUAAACCCCUCUUAUAUGUGUAUCUAUUUUAGGAACUUCUAUAAUAGUAGUUUUCCACAUGGAAUUUGCAGAAGUUUUUAGUAUUACUUAUUCCCACGUUCCCUCAUUUUUAGUAUUAUUUAUUUUAAUAUCAUUUAUUCCCAUUAUUCCCCUCUCCUGUUGCCUCCACCCCAUUUAACCCUUCCUGCUGUCCUGUUCCAUCAUUUCUCGUGCCUCUUCCUACCACAUUUGUUCCACUUCCCUUUCCUUGAAAUCUACCCUCUCUGGACACUUCAAUUUAAAUGUGUGCACACACAAGCAUGUGCACACACACACACAUCUAAAUAUUUAAAGCUAGAUCCAAAUAUUAGGAAGAACAUGGGGCAUUUGCUUUUCUGGAUCUGGGUUCCUGUAUUCCAAAUGAUCACUUUGAGUUCCUUCCUUGUACCUGUGAAAUCCACGGUUUCAUUUUCCCAGUUUUCUAUUACCCAGUUAUCUAUUUCUUGCAGUUUGUGAACAGAGGACAGCGGACAUGGAUUACCAGGGUGGGUGAGGAGGCUUGUCUCAGUCCCUAAUGGUUUACUUCAGGGAUCAGCCACCCUGCUGUCACCAACACUGUAAACAGCACUGGGGAGCCAGGCAGCCCAUCUCCACCCCCUCUGCAUCCAGGACUGCGUGGAGUCAGCACUCCAAGCCUGGUGGCUCAGCAGUCCUGACCUGAGGGGGCUCCAGCACCUGGACUCCCAGAUCUUCCUUCAGCCCCGCCAUCUUCUGGCCCAGGCAGAGGGCAGAGACAUCCCCAUCUUGCAAGCUUGUGCAUUCUGUAACCCGCUAUAGUGACUCCAAGACCUGAAGCAAAGGACUCCUCCAGGGCUAGAACAUUUGAGUUUCAACUUCCGUGGCCAUCGGUCCUCAAGCACGGAUGAGAGGGAACUCGGCAACCCAGGGUGUCGGUUUGAAAACGAAUGGAGCUAGGCCUCUGUUCUUGAUGACUGUGGCGUUGCAGCUCAUCCGUCCGGGAAACAGCUAUCAGAGAGAAGGAGAUGGUGCCAGAGAAAUUAGCUAUCUCCUGUCUCCAAAGCUCCCAGGGACGACACUGGAUGGAACCCUGAGUAGUUCCAGUAGAAAGAAUGACAGCCAGGAGGGAGCGCACCCGUCGGAGGCCCUUUCUGGUUCCAACACUUUGGAGGAGAGUGCGGUCCCUGGAUCCCGCUGUUGCCACAAUGGAGGCACCUGCGUUCUGGGCAGUUUCUGCGUGUGCCCCGCGCACUUCACAGGUCGCUACUGCGAGCACGACCAGAGACACAGAGACUGUGGCGCACUGGGGCACGGAGCUUGGACCCUGCACAGCUGCCGCCUAUGCAGGUGCAUCUUCUCAGCCCUUUACUGCCUCCCACGCCAAACAUUCAGCCACUGUGACCUGAAAAGCUUCCUCUCUUCAGGCGCCAGAGGAUCAAGGGCAUGCAGCAUCCCGAGACUCCUCCUGCUGGUGCUCUGCCUCCUCCUGCAGGUUGUGUGUGGCUGGUAAGGGCUGAGGCUCUGAACUGCCCUGACAGAAUCUCCUCCUGAGCCUGCAAGGUGUCACCCUUGACUACCCAUGGCACCACAGCACGCCUGCAGGAAAGCUGGGUGGUGGGUAUCUGCUUCAGUGUUGAAUGCUGUAAAUGACCGAAUGGCUGAAAUAUGCUGGAUCCUCGUGCUGUGCAAUAAAGACGUUCAACAGCGA